GCCCAUUGUGCUCAUUGUGCUUCUCCAGGCAGUCCGACUCCCGCAGCCUCGAUGGGGUGGCGCUUGGGCCACACCCUGGCGCGACUGAGCUCUCGACAAGCAGCUCGCUGCUAUACGCCGCGGAUAAGAUUUCGGGCCGCCGGUGGCGCCGCGGCGCGCACCUCCGAGGAGCUGCUCGGAGAGCUCCGUGGGAUUCUGACCAAGGGCGAUGGCAGCAUUGCAGGAGUCCAGCAGCUUUCCAACCAGUGGUUCGCGCUGGCGGACAAAGACCGAUCCAAAAGCAUCGGUGGUGAGGAGUUCCGGGAGCUGAUGGACACGGUGGGCCUGCACCUGCGGGAUAACGAGUGGAAGCUGCUCUUUGAGUAUUUCGACCCGAAGAAAACGGGGGAGAUUUCAUACAGUGACUUCACCCAGACUCUUCGGGGAGAGAUGCCGCAAUUUGCUGCUUCCCUGGCCUUCAUGGACCAGUACCGCGGUCACUACCCAUCCAACAUGGCGUCCCUGCGGCGGGUGAUGCCGAGAUUUGACCCCGAGGAGACGGACGAGUGGAUAGAGUCCCUCGAUGCCGUCCUUGGCACCCACGGUCCGACGAGGGCUCGGUUCCUUUUGCAUGAGCUCGGCGACGAG